CGCCACGCCUUCACCAUGGCCGCGACGGCGCCGGCCGCCGACCCUACGGACUCCUCCCCGGCCGUCACUACCGACUCUCCCCCUCCUCCGCGGCCCUCCCCGGAGGAGCUGGUGGCCCGCGCCGUCGCCCCCGUCAAGCCCGCCUUCCUCCGCCCGCCGCCCAUCCGCGAGGUCCCCAAGGAGGAGGGUAAGGCCGGCGGCGGCGGGGCCGUCGUCACGGGAGAGAAGAAGUCCAAGCGCCAGCUCAAACGCGAGCGCCAGCAGGAACAAAAGUCUGCUUCUCAUCUUUGUAUUGAAGUAGGGAAAAGUGGAAAUGUGGACUCAUGCAAAUACGGUACUUCUUGCCGUUUCAGCCAUGACAUCAAUGCUUAUCUGGCUCAGAAACCAGGUGACCUUGAAGGAACAUGCCCAUUUACCAUGUUGGGGCAGUUGUGCCCAUAUGGAUUAACUUGUCGGUUCCUUGGUACACAUAAGGAUAACCUUGCUCCUCAAAAUCAUUCAGAGGGGAACCAUGAGAGAAAUCCUUUGAGCAAAGAUAUUCAGAAGCUCUUAUGGAAGAACAAAUAUAAAUUUCCCAAGGCUAGUGCCCAGAUCAAGCUUCUCGGUCUUAAGGAUGGAAACAAGAAUAAAGCUAAAGCAGCAAAUGAUGAUAAUCCAGAUGAAGCAUGUGAGCUAAAUGACGAUGACAAAACUGAAUCUCUUUCUUGCAUUCCCGUGAAUGUUGAACCUGAUCCCACUUUGUGCAAAGAAAUAAAUAAUUCAGAGGGAGAACCUUUGGUUGUUAGCUCAGUUCAAUGUGUGGAGCCAAGGCCAUUAAAGAAAUCAAAGGUUGAAGUUGAUGAAACUCUGAAUGAUGGGACUGGUAUUCAUGACAAUGGGGCAGAAUCUGAAGAUCUUAAUUUAAUCAAUGGAAUAAAAGUUUCCUCAAAUAACCAAAGUUCCUGCAGAGUUGACCUCAUCACAACACCUCAUUUACGUGAAAAGAAAAUUAUAGAUUUUCGAGAGAAGCUUUACCUUGCUCCCUUGACAACUGUCGGGAACCUUCCUUUUCGGAGGCUCUGUAAAACCUUGGGAGCUGAUAUUACUUGUGGAGAAAUGGCGAUGUGCACAAAUCUUUUACAGGGGCAAGCUUCAGAGUGGGCUUUGCUACGACGGCAUCCAUCAGAGGAUUUGUUUGGGGUGCAAAUCUGUGGACCGUAUCCAGAUACAGUAGCACGAACGGUUGAACUUGUGGAUAAUGAAUGUUCAGUUGACUUCAUAGACAUAAAUAUGGGCUGCCCAAUUGAUAUAGUUGUCAACAAGGGUGCUGGAUCAUCAUUGCUCACAAAACCUAUGAGGAUUAAAAGUAUUGUACAAGCGGCUUCUACUGUUACUGAAAAACCGUUAACUGUUAAGGUAAGAACAGCUUUCUUUGAGGGCAGGAAUCGUGCUGAUUCUAUAGUUUCAGACAUAUACGACUGGGGCGCUUCAGCCAUAACAAUACAUGGUCGAUCACGGCAACAACGCUACAGCAAACUUGCCGAUUGGGACUAUAUUUACCAGUGUGCACAGAAGGCCCCUGAUAAUUUGCAUGUCAUUGGAAAUGGUGAUGUAUUCUCCUUUACUGACUGGAACAAGCAUAUUUCGGACUGCUCCAAAAUUUCCACUUGCAUGAUUGCUCGAGGUGCUCUUAUCAAGCCUUGGUUAUUUACUGAGAUAAAAGAACAAAGGCAUUGGGACAUUACAUCUGGUGAGAGAUUAAAUAUCCUUAAAGAUUUUGUGCAUUUUGGUCUAGAACAUUGGGGCUCUGAUUCCAAAGGUGUGGAGACAACACGCCAUUUCUUGCUAGAAUGGUUAAGUUACACCUGCCGCUACAUUCCGGUUGGUCUGCUGGAUAUCAUCCCUCAACGAUUGAACUGGAGGCCACCAAGCUACUAUGGCCGGGAUGACCUUGAAACCCUGAUGGCAUCUGAUUCAGCAGCUGACUGGAUAAGGAUAUCUGAGAUGUUGCUUGGUAAAGUUCCGGAAGGAUUUACCUUUGCACCGAAGCACAAGUCUAAUGCCUAUGAUCGGGCCGAAAAUGGCUAAACACUCACCAGGCAUGGGACUGCAUUUAUUCAGAGUUAGCCACAGCCUCUGAGGUCCAUGCUGCCCUCAUUAUGUUUGAACCCAUCAUGUAGUGUAACAUGAUUUUUCCUUUAUCCAAAUGGCGAUUGUAUCAAUUUGAAUAUAGGGUGCCAAUAACUGAAAGACAUUCCAAUUCUCGAUUCAAAAGCAAUAUUUGAAUAAUUUCAGUGGAUUUCGGAAAGGCUCGUAUGCGUUAGUGCAGCACCUUCAAAUAUCUUCGUGUUUGUCAGAGCUCAAAUCUUUGGCAAUCUAUUCA